AUUCUCUGGAAGUGGGAUCUGCAGCGGUGAUGUCAGCGAAGGAAGACAACCGGAUUUUUGUGGGGGGCUUGUCGAGGGAUACCACGGAGCGCCGGCUGGAGGCGGAGUUCAGCCGGUUCGGGAAGGUCAUCGAGGCCCAAUCCUGCCUUGAUCUUUUUAGGUGCAUUUGCAAGACAGCCAAUUAUCUUAGUUUCUUGUGUUUGCUGGCACGAGGAUAAGUUUGCUUGUUUUUGUCUGGGUGAAUGGUUUGAUGGAGAUGACCUCCUGGUGUAAAUCUAUCAGUGGGAGCUUGCUUUUGUUAUUUUUUGGCUGAUGUGGUGCUCUCACAGUUGGCCUUUGAAAACUUAACUAGCACAUUCGACUCUUCAGUCACCUCAAAGAUGCAUCUUUGGCUCUGUUGUUUUUUGAUUACCGCUUAUGGGUCUCAAUGUUAUGAACCAGUUUUCAGGGACGAAUCAAGUUUGUGAUGCAUGCAUAAUAUUCAGCACACUGUUGCAGAUCAUAGCACUUUUAAAUUUCUGUCCAGUUGAUUUGCAUGGCUGACAAUAAAAGGCUUCCAAAGGCUUGAUUUUUAGUUUCGUGUUCACCUAAGCAAACACUUUGAGAUCAAAAGAGAAGGAUACCAUAUUGAUCAUCGAGUUAUUAUCCUCUGAUGGCAUGCACCAUAAGAGAAUGUUGACCUGACUCAAGUGUUUAAUCCUGGAUUUGACUUGUUGCCUUGUUAGCUUAGGGUAAAGUUCAUUCUUUCUGCUGAGAAAUCCUCUGAAGUGUGUUUUAUUGUUGAUUUUGCAAUGUCUGAAUUGGCUGAAUGAUUUGGCUUCUCUAAGGGAUGCUCUAAAUGUCUUUUGACUGAUGCAUUAAUCCAAUUCACAAUCCCAGUGCUUCUAGUUCAUUGAGCUCUGUGUUCAGUCAGAUUUUGAAUAUUUGUGACCCUUCAGCUAGCAGGAGCUUCUCAUACCACUUAUCUACUGAUAUUAACGUCUUUCCCCCACUUACAUCUCCAUUUAAAAAGUUCAAUCCCAAUAUUUGAGGUUUUGAAGUGUUACACUAAUGAAGAUGGUUCUCCAAAAGGCUUUCCUCUAGAUGUGCCUUAACUCGAUCCUCUAUCUAACAUUAGCUUGAAGUUCUCAUCUAAGAUUAAAUAUAGCCAAGUGAGAAUGGAAAUUAAAAAGGAGGGCAAUUUGCAAGUAAAAUUCUACUUGGUAACAUCUCCAAACCAUUCAACAGGAAAAUGAUGGAAAUGCCAUUGAAGCUGGGUAAGAGUAGAAAUGGGAAAUGCCUUUUGAUAUUGGUUGAUUGAUUCCUUAAUGAAUUGGAUCAUUGCCUGUAAUUUGGCUUUAAAAGGGACCAUGUGACCAGAAACAACAACAAAAUCAGUGAAGGUUGCUAAUUGACAGCUGUUGAAUCAUACAAUUUGCCAGAAAAAGAAUCUGUUGCCAUUUUUAUUAUAGAUUUUGCUUUAUGAAUCUCAGGACUAUUAUAUCAUUAUUACCAAAGCAGGAAGUAUUAUUGCUCAGUGCUAUCCUUAGGUUGAUUCCCUUUUAUCUUUUGAACCAAUUGCACUUAUAAAAUUUCUCUGUACCUUUUCCGUAAACCGUUGGCCUUGUAGCUGCUGUUAAUGUCUUUCCAAGUGUAUUAUAUGGUUAAUUUAGUUCAGGUUUUUCACCAGAUACAUGUAGUUAGAUGCUCGUUUUGGAUUUCUCUGAAGUUUUUCUUCACAGAGAUCAGUAAUGAUUGAUAUGGAAUAUCAGAGUGAUUAGCACUAGCAUAGUAUUAACAUGUAGCUUGCUGUUUCCUUGAUUAUCGUGGUGCCAUAGUGAUCCUUGGAUACAGAAGUUGCUUUUUGGACUGGUUAUUAUUACUGGAAUAAUCCCAAUUCAAGGUUUUUCCUAGCCUUUGCAGAGGUCUAAAUGUGGUUCCAGGACUGCUCGACUUUUCAUGCACUAGCUAGAUUGAUUCUCGUCAGUUGCGGUCACUCUACUAUUGCCUUUGAGCUUAAGACUUCAACUAUCAUGCAUUCUGUGAAAUUUUGGUAGCUGUCCCAGUGUUUUGUUUAUUUGGCUAUGUAGGAAGAUCUGACUGUUGUGAAGGUGUUCAAAGAGUUUCAUAUUUUGUUGUUAGGAAAUGCCUAUUUAACGUUCUAAGAGUGGAAGAAUAAACUCAUUGUUUACACAUCAGAUCACCAAAUUAAUUUAAAAAUUCUUUUUGACGUGCUUCGUUGAAUAUGCUUUCAUUGGGUUGUCCUGGCCCGAAAAUGCAAAUUUUCACUGGUUGUGAGAUGAAGAUUCAGCAAAUACGAGGUUGUAUAACAAGAUGUAUAAAACUUACUCGCAUGGGCAAUAGUCUGCAGGUUCUUUUCACACACACACACACACACACCAAAGAAAAAAAACAGUGAAAUGCUUGAAUGUCUCAGAUUGUGUUCGUGACAGAUGGUUCAAUAAUAUCACAUCAUUAUCAGGUCAUGUUGGAGAGAGAUACUGGCCGCUCUCGUGGUUUUGGAUUUGUGACAUUUUCUGAUGCACGUGCAACAGAGAUUGCUAUCAGUCAGAUGCAUGAACGUGAGCUGGAUGGAAGAGUCAUUUCAGUGAACAAGGCUGAACCUAAGAUGAGUACUGAUAACACUCGCUAUGAUGGUGGUGGAUACAAGUCCAGUAUUAGAGGAGGCUAUCGUGGUGUUGAUGGGCCACCACUUGCUGGGCAGUCAGAUGAAUGCUUCAAGUGUGGUCGUCAUGGACAUUGGGCCCGUGAGUGCCCUUCUGGAGGAGGCAGUGAUGGUCGCUUUUCCUCUCGCUCCAAAUUUGGAGGAGGUGGUGGACGAGGGGGACAAGAUCGCUACAACGAUCGCUAUAUUGAUGAUCGCUAUGAUGGUGGCCAUUAUGGGGACCGAGACCGCAUAGACAGCAGGGACAGCCGUUAUAGUGGUGGUCGUGAUCGAUAUGGGCCUACUGGGGAUCACUUUUCAGGCGAUAGAUAUAAAGGGGGACCGGACAAUUACCUGCACAAUGGAUACAACAGGGAGAGAAGCUAUGAGAGGGAUGGCCCUCGCAUUGGUAGUUAUGAAAGAGAUGGGGGGCCAAGAGGUGGUGGUGUCUAUGACAAGGAAGGAUCACGCGGUGGUGGAAGUGAUAGAUAUGGAACUGGUGGGCCUUCUCGUUACAAUGGCGGUGGAAGUUUCAGGGAAAGGCCUGGGCCUUAUGAUCGUCCUGGUAGGGGUGGACGCCCAUCAUCCUACGAUGUUCGCUAUUAAUGCUCCUGGUGGUUUACUAGUUAAAUCUCUGAUCCUCUUCCCUAGCAUGCGAAACAAUGCAGUUGUUUUGUUCAAGACUGAAACUUGUUAACUCUUUGUAGCAACCUUGGAAACUUUCUUUGCAAAGUGUAGCUUAUGGAUGAUUGUGCUUCAUCUGCACUAGUUGUAGCCAGCAGUUGCUUUUAAUAUGAUUUCUAUCUGGACCUUGCUAGUUUCA